AUGGCCACUGACAUAGAAACAGGUAACUGGCACCAAACUGGACGUCUGACGUACAGGUCCUUCAGACUCUCCCGCUCCCGCUGGUGGAGAUGGAAGAGGAAGGAGAGGAAUGUGGAGCAGCCCGCAGCUCCCACUCCUGCUUCGGCUGAGGCCCGGUUGCCUGAGAGCUGGCGGACAGCUCUCACCGUGGAAGAGCAGGAGUGGAUCGGCCGGGAGCUGUUCCAGCCAGACAGCAAGGGGAGGACUAAACUCACCACGGACCUCAAGCUGUGGUGGGAUCCCCCUCAGCCCCGGCCGAGUUAUACUCAGUCACCCGCCUCACCAGCUGCCUUCUUCGCAUGUCGGCUGUUCCUCUGGACGCCCCCUGCGUCUGAGGACUACAGAGGACCAGAUGACCAGCCGGGGUACCUGGCCGUGGUCCAGUUGGCCACGGCCUUGGUGGGGUUGCGUUUCGAACCGGCCUUGUCCGAGGGGAGGGUAGAUGAGCUAAUCAGGCUCUACGAGGCCCUGUCAAAAUUCGACAGGGACCGAGUAGUUUACCCUCCCCGCUACAGGGACAGGCCAGCUCGGGGGCGCUUCAAGGCAGCGAAGCCUAGCCGCACCAGUAUACCUGGUGUGGAGAACAUGAGACGCUGCCUGGUCGGACAGACCUCUGGACCUGCCAGCAGUCCCAGUGCAAGCCGGCUGGUAGAGGCAGUGUGCAUCCAGCUCUGCCGCGUGUGCCCCUCAGGCACCCGUGUGAGCGGUGCCCGGCGGUCGCGGUGGGACAGCAUAACUGCUUCGGUACCAGCACAUCCGGGACCUUGUGCUGGGCCACCAGAGGCUGAUGGCUCGGGCGCCCAUCCAGCUCUAUGAGCUGAAUAGCAGGACCCUCUCGCUGUGGUUCACCAGGACGCAGCGGGAGAAGGAGAUGGCAGUGCUAGCUCCAGGCGUUGCAGCAGAGGGACGAC